UCAUGUUAUGCUCCAAGCUUCUUCUUUCUUGUAGGCGCAGAAGAACUACCACCUCCGUCCAACCUAAGCUAUUCAUUCAUCCAAAUCUGCACCGUGAACUGGACGUGGAGAGCCCCAGAGAACGUCAGCAGGAGCUGUGACCUCGUGUACUCCAGCGACAUCUUCAUCAACGAGGUCUCUCAGAACCAAAAAGCAUGGAGUAGGAGUCUCUUCCGCGUGACCGAUAUGCUCAUGACUGAGGAGAUGGGCUUCAAAGUGAGGAGCGAAUGCAGGCACAACAACGGCAGCGCGCCAAGCAGAUGGGUAGAGACGUUGCUUCGACCGCAAGGUAUUCCAGGUACUGCUGCCGUGAACUUGAAGUGCAUCUGGCACAACUUGGAGUACAUGGAGUGCAAGUGGCUUGCCGGGAAAAAUGCACGCAGCGAUACCAACUAUACUUUAUUCUACUGGUAUGAAGGCUUGGGAAAUCCUGAGAAGUGCAGCAAUUAUUCUAUGCAUGAAGGAAUCUUUGAAUGCAUUUUCAAUUUUACCUUCCCCAAGGUCACCAAUACUUAUCCAACUGUCAGUAUUUUGAUUAAAGAUGCUUCAAAGGAAAUCAGGCCUUUAUGUGCAAGUAAAAAUCCCACUACYCUUGUAAAACCUGCUACACCCAAAGCAGUUGCACUGUCGAAGGUUAAUGAUGAAAUCCGUCUAGAAUGGAGCCAGCCACACACCUUCCCAGCCAGCUGUCUGUAUUACGAGGUGGAAUACCACAGUGGUGAUAAGGACACUGCUCAGACAAUUAAAGUUGAAUAUAAUCAUACUUCAAUUCCCAGUGUUGAUCCUAAAACCAAGUACACCUUCAAGGUGAGAGCAAAACCAAAGCCCGAGUGUUACAGCAGCGAGCUCUUUAGUGACUGGAGUGAAGAAAAGAGCAUUGGUGCAAAACCGGACUCCACAUUCUAUUUUGUUUUAAUAAUCACCGUUCCAUUAAUAAUCGCAAUAUCUACRAUAAUUCUACUUUUUUACCUAAAAAGGCUGAAGAUAUUAAUCCUUCCACCAAUUCCUGACCCUCGAGAGAUCCUUAAGCGUAUGUUUGGAGAGCAGAACGAGGAUUCCCAGGGUGGUGUAAAGGAGGAUGCUGUGAAUGCUUACAACAGGUUAAUUAAGGAAGAAGAAAUUCAUUCUUUAGUUCUAACAGAAACUCUGGAGAGUUCCUAUCCUGAAAACGAAAACCGAUAAACUGUCUUUACCAAGGAAUGACGAGGAGAGACUUUUCUUCCUGCUCCCUUACCUCAGGUGACAAUGUAGAUGUGGACCAGCCUGUAAGACAUUCACCAACAUUGAACCGAGUCCUUUGUGAACCUUCCUGUAUGUGUGGCACUUGGAAGGAACAUCACUGACACUGGCCAUUCCUCCUUCUCUGCUGGAAAAGCUCAACCUGGAUCUUUCAAAAUGAGCCUGUACAUUAUCUGUUUACACUCAUGUUUGUGCCUCCCAGUAGACUGUAAAUAGGCUUWUUUUUUGGAGCAAGCACCACAAUUCUGCUGAAGUUUGUGGCUCUGCUUUGCAGAGGGGAGAUGAGGCUCGUUUACAGCCAACAGCUCCUUCCUGCUGCUGUGUGGAUGUGCUGCAGGAAGCCAGAGCAGGUGGAUCGUUGGUGAACAGCCCAUAGCUGGGUAGGGGACUUUCCAGAGCRCAUUUAUGGGCCAAUCCUUGGAAGAUUUUGGUUAAUUUUCUUCAGCUGUGGGCUGAUCAAAUCCAGUAAAAGAGAAUUUUGUUUUUAAAUGUAUGUGAAAAGCCUCUUCACUUUGCAGGGGUGUUCAGUCUACUCACAGAACAGUUUUAUGUUUUUAGUAUUUUUUUUAUCCUUUCAGGUCCCUGUCCUCAGGUUUUUUACCUUGCUUCCAUGAACUACUUGUGUUAGUCUUAUUUUGUUUUAAAUGAUAAAUCAGGUUCAUCACCUGUGUUGUCCCGUGGCUGGUGACUCUGCAUUGAAUCUCAUGCAGCUGUGAUUCUGCUUUGGCCAUGAUGGCCUGAAAGUGCCUGAUUUUGGAAGCUAAAUCAGCCUGAGACUGUUCAGCAGAAUUACCAGAUAAUGGAUGUGUGAGUUUAAGGAGCCAUGGUCAAAUGCUUAGCACAGUCUAAAUCACAGAAACUAAAUUCAAAGACUUUUCAGACCCAUCCUCACUGCUCAGCUGAUGGAUUUGGUGGAAGAGGGGAUGACAACCCUGGCUUACAUUCUGGGGGAUAAGCUUUGUUCUUUUUCUAAUGAAGAUCUCUUGGAUCUCAGCAAUUUAAAAGUAAGGUGCUGAUUUGACUUCUCAAAAUUUUCUCCCGCAUUUGCUGCUGCAGCUUGAUUUCUCCUUUUUUUUUUUUCCUCUUGCAAAUCACAAAUUGGUUCUCCUUUUUUUGUGUUGGUGUCGUUUUGUUUUGAGGUGCUUUACCCAUCAGAAUUCAGUGUAUGGUGUCUGGCACAACUGUGAAUUUUCUGUGCUCAAAAUUCUGCUGGGCUGUACCUUGUGCUGCAAAGGUGCUAACAGCAGCUCCUUGAUUGCGCUCCGAGAAAAGGAGGUAGAAUGUAAUGGGCAGGAGGGGAUUUGUGCUGGCUGGUUGUAUUAGCAGGCAAGGAAUUGCUUGUUCCUGGCAUUUUUCUGAGCAAGUGAGUGUAUGCAAUUUGGGACAGAAAUUUUGGGCAGUCUGGGAACAGACCCUCUCCAACGUUUGCCAGAGACAACUUCUGUCGCCACUGAUUUACCUUGUAAAAUUCAAGUUGGGUUCAGUCAAAAAUUGGAAGGGAAGCACUACUCUUUUGGAUUUUUCCCGUUCUGUGAGAAGUAGUGCUAACGGAGCUCACACUUACGUCCUGUACCCCCUCUUUGYCCCUUACCUUAAUAAAUCCAGUUGCUUUUCCUUGGACCUCUCAAAAAUCAUUUCCUCACAUGUCUUAACACUAGCUACUGGUGACAGAAUURGGAGGAGAAAUGUGGCAGAACUAGCAGGCCACGUGAGAUGCUUAAAAUUUUACUUAAAAUAAGCUUAAAAAAAUCAAAAUUGGGUAACAAAACAACAGCAAAGUCUCAGGGAUUUCAGUGAGAUGUUAACAAAACUCAGGUUAUGCAAAAUCAGCUAGCAGAAAUCUUUGAUGUUCCAGAGCUAGAGGAACAGUGUGGGACAAAGAAUUACUUAAUCCCUUUGCCAUCUUAACUCCCUUCCCCCUCUCCCAAGAUCCGUAUUAUGACAGAGAUAAAAAUAUUUUUCAAAUCUACCUCAUAUGGAAUGUUGCUAAUUAUAGAUUACUAGACAAGCAGAAGCAUAUGUAAGGAAGCAUAAUAGUGUAAUCUAAUUUUUAUGGCCUUCAGUAAAACAGUCAAGGAAGAAGAUCCUUGGUUCUUUGCCCUGAAGUGUCUUUUACUCUG